CAAAGGACACCUUCAGCUGCACUUCCUGAUCUUGCAGCCUCCCGGUGGUGCAGUGAGAGCCAGCUGAUCAGGCAGGCAUGCAGUGCGUGGGACUCCUCCUGAUGGUCUUGGUGUCGUGUGUGGCUCUGCGCUCUGCAGAAGCCCUAAUUCCCUUGGACUACAGCUGCUGCACUGAGGUGGCUCCGCGCGUCUCGGUGGUGUUUCUGGAGCUGAUGGUGCAUUCGUGCCACGUGCAGAAAGCUGACGAGCACUGCAAGGUGGACGCCAUCAUCCUUUACUACGGACGGGAGAGACACUGUGUCUCCCCGCAGGAUUAUUUCCUGCAGCGCUGGAUGAGAGUACAGGCGACCACGGAAAAGGGUAUGCGCGCAGGCUGCGCUCUGGAGGAGACCCGGGGAAGACCGGCUAGGAGCGCACCCGAGGAGCCUGCGGCAGGUGGCCCGACAGCCUCUUAACACACAGCUGACGCCGAGGCUGUAAAGGUGACUCCUCCAGUGAAAGGAAGCCCUUAUCUUCAGAUGAUCUUUGAAG